AUGCAAACAUUUGGGGAAACACUUGCUUCGGCUGAAUAUAAUCGGAAACUUUGCAAAUCAUCUGACAUUCCCUACCAGUCCUGUGAAACUAUAUUCUCACUACUCGUGAGGGAAACUAAGUUUUACUUCUGCCAAAUGGUGAUCACUGAGGAAUAUUUGAAGGGUUUGGCAGACAUUCCUUACGAUACUAGGGCUGGAAUUCCGUACCAGGAAUAUGGCGUGCUUGGACUGGACUACAGACGCCUCCAGACAUCCAUUGGUCUCAACGCUAUGUCCGACACAAUCGCACCGCAGAUCCAAACCAACAACAGUCAGCCGCUGGUGGCCGACGCCCCCUCACCACCCACUCUACCGGUGGACACGAAUCAAAACUCUGAGAUCAAAGACAAUGGCACUGAAGAGGUGGACCAGAGUUCGCCGCAGAAGAAGAUUAAACUCUCAAAUGAUGUGAACGAUGAGCCGAAGCCAGUGGUGACAACACCUCCCUCUGCGGGAAGGGGUCGACCAGCGAAAGGCAGUUCCAAACGGCUGAACAUCUUGGAGAAGACGGCCAAAGAGGGCGAAGCGUUGCUCCACAACUUGGGCCAUAAGGGCGACGAGAAUCCGGACGGCAAUCGCCGGACGACGCGAUCGCAGACUCGGGGAACGCCACCCGCGGCUCAGACACCGCCCACUCCUAAGAAGGCUGCCACCCCUAAGUCGCCCUCCAAGGAUAACUCGAGUUCGGGAACACCUAAGCGAAGGGGUCGUCCGCCAAAGAACUCCAUCUCUAGUAAUAAUUCGGUGGAAGACAAGAGCGAAGUGGAGGCCAUCGACAACUCGAAGGCCGAGUCCGCGGAGGAGACGAACGAAGUGGAGAAGACGUCGGCCGUCAACAACACUAACGAUACAAAUAAUACGAACGACUCCUCGGAGCCGAAGCCCUCGGAAGCGAUUCGCGAAGAAGCCGUAGACAAAGCCAACGAACAAACGAAUGACUUAUCAGUGAAUGACGCGAAGAAAGCCAACUCUAUAUCAGAAGACACCUCAAAACCAGUCCCGGUUUUAGAGACAACACAACCCCCGCCCCAGAAAUCGGAAUAAUUAUAAACAAUUUGUGCAACUCUUCAACUCUGAUAUAAUUCAUCAUUUUUCCACAUUUUAAUUAUAAGUAAAACAAAAGUUCAAUAAUUUCUAACGAGACAAUUCAUGUUUAAAUUGCAAACAAACAAAUUAUAACCAAUUAUUUAAAGUUCGUAAUCAUUCAUUGAAUUCAUAAAAACAAUAAAAUACUAAAAAUUGCUUAUAAUUU